CUGGACGCGGUUUGGGCUCCUCCACACUACAAGUAUCUCACCAGCCUCAUCCUCCCAUCAAGCAGUCCAUUGUUAUCUAUUCAAUUAGUCAACACAAUACACAAAGAACUCAGGCACAAUGGCUGCCCAACAGCCACUCUCAUCGGCGCAACAGCCAGCUGAUGUCUACGGCGGUGAUGAGGUCUCUGCGCUCGUUCUCGAUCCAGGAUACUGCAACACACGCGCCGGGUUCGCUGGCGAGGAUGUCCCCAAAUGCGUCCUGCCCUCCUUCUACAGCCACAUUGGUGACCGUAAUCUGUUCGGCGACGAGGUCAUACGGCCCCGCGAGAACCUCGAGCUGCGCAACUACAUGAAUACUAAGUCAGAGGUGGAGGACUGGGAUAUUGCUGCCAGCCUGUGGGAGAACAUGCUCGUCAAGCGCCUGAACCCCCCCACCGAGACCCCUCCUGCGAAAAACGGCCUCAACGACCCGGCAGAACCAAAGGAUGGCGAGGGCGAUGUGAACAUGGAGGAUGUGGAAGCACAAGAGCUGGAGGAGAAGGCGCUGUACGAGAACCCGGUGCUGCUGACGGAGCCUGCGACGAACCCCUCCAAGAAGCGCGAGAAGGCCAUUGAGGUCGUCUUCGAGAACUGGGGCACGCCUGCCUUUUGGCUGAGCAGGACGCCUGUGCUGGCCGCCUUCGCCGCGGGCAAGGCGACGGCGCUGGUGGUGGAGGUCGGCGGCUCCAACACGUCGGUUACCGCGGUGCACGAUGGCAUGACACUGAAGAAGUCAGCCGUCCAGAGCCCCGUCGGCGGCCUGUGGCUGUCACAUCAGAUCCGCGCUAUGUGGGAGACAAACGAGCCCAAGAUCGAGGCCGUUCCCACCUACAUGAUCGAGAACAAGACCCCCGUCGACGCUGGCCAGCCGGCCAACGCGCGUCUGAAGAAGUUCCCCUUCGCCAUCCACGAUUCAUUCCGGCUGUACGAGGAGGAGCGGCUGAUGACCGAGUUCAAGGAAUCGGUCAUAGAAGUGUGGAAGGGUCCAGGCCGAUACGCCAGCCCAGGCAACGAGGACUAUAUCAAGUCACAGCCGGGCCGCGUCUUCGAGAUGCCCGACGGCUACAACCAGAUGUGGCGCGAGCAGCGAUACAAGGCGGCCGAGGGCAUGUGGGACGAGGCGCUGGCCUACACGACGGUACCCGAGGAGUGGCGCUUGACUAAGAACCAGACCAUCCCCGGCCUGAUUACGCAGUGCCUGAACCAGGUCGAUGUCGACCUGCGUGGCCACCUUCUGGGCAAUAUCGUCGUCACCGGCGCGACGAGCCUGCUCAAUGGGUUCAACGACCGGCUGAAUAACGAGCUUACCACCAUGUACAGCGGAGCCAAGAUCAGGAUCCAUGCGGCGGGUCUCACCAGUGAGCGCCGCUUUGGUUCCUGGGUCGGCGGCAGUAUCCUGGGCAGCCUGGGCAGCUUCCACCAGAUGUGGAUCUCGCGGAAGGAGUACGAGGAGAACGGGGCUGGUAUUGUGGAGAAGAGGUGCAAGUAGGGGACUGAUCUUACCUUCCUAGCAAUACUUCAGGGUGCCGAUAAUGCCAUGUUGCGAAGUGGGUUCUGAGAUGGGUGACGGGGUUUGGACGUGGCUUAAUAGAUGGCCGAAGAGGGCGCCCGGCUAAAUUUGUCGAGGAAGAGUGGCAGCUUUCGAUGUAUGACCACUCCGUGUGUCGACAGAACGUAGGAUCGUUGAAGGGGUGGGGGGCGGGUUUCACGCUGCCAAAAAUUGGGAGGGAAAAAGGCGUCUGGAGUUGGUAGAGACGGGUCGUCGACUGACGACACAAACACGCACACGCAGGAGCGGGUGGUUCGGGCGGCUCGGCGAUGGCUGCAUUUGUAUACUACAACACAAUACCAAAUUGAUUGUCCAGU